AUGCUAUGGCGGGGCGAGCUUGGGAAGGAUGCGUUGCCGCUCCUCAUUCUGGAUGCACUGGAUGGUUACGUUUCUCCGGCAUAUAUUGCAUCAGAGCCUGCGAUGCACGCGUUCGACAGGAGAGAAGUACAUGCGCAGGAAACAGAUGACGUAUACGGCCCUGCGACGCUCUGUGACGCGGGCGCAGCCAUUCAAGCGUACCGCGACCGGCACGGCACGCACUGGUGGACGCAACGCGCAGACAUGCAUGUAUCUCCCGAGCUGUGGGCCAGAGGAGCGGCACUCGCGCGCGCAGCGCACGAUGCAGAUGACCCAGCAUGCACGGUGUCUUUACAUAGCCCCACAUGGACUACCGACGCACUCGCGCAUGUCUUGGUUCAGAAUCGGUCGGAUGAGCAGUGCACAGUAUACUGGACGCUAUCGCCUAACGUGACGCAUGCCUACCUGCUUCCCUUCCGGAGCGCAUUCCUGCUCACAGACCUCCUAGCGAACAAUGCCAAACACGUCGGGAUGCGCCCCACCGGCUUCGAUGCACUGCUCGCUAUGGUGCAUGAGACACACGGCGUCGAUGUUGUGCUGAUGGAUCCACCGUGGCCCAACAAGUCUGCACAGCGUGCACAGCGCGGAGGAUACGCUACCAUGCCCGAUCUGUACGACCUGUGGCACUUGCGACCAGCGCUCGAGCCGCUACUGGCGUACAAACCUCUACUUGGCAUAUGGAUUACCAACCAUCCCAAAGUACAUCGCUUUGUGCGCGACAAGUUUUUCCCUGGACUCGGCUUUCGCCCCAUCGCCGCGUGGGCGUGGCUGAAGCUCGCCACGUCGGGCGAGCCGCUCUGCACCCUCGCACAGCCGCGGCGCAGGAAACCGUUUGAGCUGCUGCUGAUUGGUGUGCACAAAGACAGCAGCGAGCGUGUUCCAGCGCACCAGCUCCUCGCCAGUGUCGCACUUGCCCAUAGCGAGAAGCCGUAUAUUGCCCCGGCACUGCUUCGUGCUGCGGGUCGAGACCCAAAGCUGACGCUUGGUAUAUCGGUGUAG